AUGCUGUUCAAGAAGCAUUGUCUGGCAGAAGCUGCAAGACUGGAAAAGCUUAAACUCAGUGAUGGGACUCCUUCUAUUUACAAACUUCAAAUGAACGAGCAGCUGAGAAAUGAAAGAAAGAAGAUCUCCAAACAAUCAAUUGGUGAACCAGGCCAAUGUCGAGAACAAGAAAAAGUACUCCUCCUUAUUGGGGCAACUGGAUCAGGUAAAAGCACUUUGAUCAAUGGCAUGGCCAACUACAUCAUGGGGGUCAAAUGGGAAGAUGAUUUCCGUUUCCAGUUGGUGAUAGAUGAUCCAAAAGUCUCCAAGUCGAGAAGCCAGACACAGUAUAUCACUGCUUACACAUUUUACCCUAUGGAAGGGUCAGCACUGUCAAGUAAAUUAACCGUAAUCGACACACCUGGCUUUGGUGACUCUGAAGGGCUG